UCUUCCAGAACACUAUACCCUCUUUUAGGACUGAACACUAUUUACCUUCGGUCUAGCUCAGCCACUCACUGCCAAAGCGCAGAUGACGAAGAACUCUUCUUGUAUUCAGGCUCUCUAUGGCCUAUGCAGAAAGACCUUUACUACGCCUUCAGGAACUCCUUUUGCUUCUUCUCAAGCAAUCCAGAAGCUUUGCUCUCUAUUAGAUACCAUUACUCCUUCUGAUGUCGGGCUCAAAGAGAAUAAUGCAGAUGAUGACCGGGGACAUGGUUUUUUUGGUGAGAACUUGUUCGACAGGGUAGGUCGAUGGGCUCAACCUAUUACAUUCGUGGACAUACAUGAAUCUGAUAAUUUUACAAUGUGUAUCUUCUGCCUGCCAACUUCAUCAGCAAUUCCACUUCAUGACCAUCCUGGAAUGACUGUCUUAAGCAAAAUACUUUAUGGCUCCAUGCACGUGAAAGGAUAUGACUGGGUUGAGCCUGCCUGUGUACGGAAAAUCGGCAGUUCUCCUGGGAAACUGGUAAUGCUAGUCGUAAUGGAAUUUGUUUUGUUGGCAGUUAGAUUGGCGAAGUUAGCUGUAGACAAAGUUUUAACAGCACCAUGCGGAGCGUCAGCCUUGUACCCUAAAAGUGGGGGUAAUCUUCAUUGUUUCACUGCAGUCACUCCCUGUGCUGUCCUUGACAUACUUGCUCCUCCCUACAAAGAAACCGCCGGCAGGAAAUGUACUUAUUACCAUGACUACCCUUACACCAGUUUCCCGACAGAGAGUGUGGAUGGGAUAUGUGAGGGGAAAGAAGAGGAAUAUGCAUGGCUGAAGGAGAUUGAUACACCGAAUGAUCUAUAUAUGCGUCCAGGAAGAUAUACUGGUCCACGAAUUCAAGCUUAGGAUUUCAUCAGUUGUGAUCGGUGCUUGAAGAUCCACUCUUUUGAUGUUCGGCUUGAUUUCUUAUGACCGCAGAUUUGCAGGAAGAUCCAAAGAAGUUUGUAGUCGUGUUAUAUAUCAAAGUCUAGUUACCUCACAUGGAUUGCAUACCAAGUCUGGAAGCUAAUCAGCUAAUGCCCUGAAGUAGUGUUUUAUAAAAUUCCAAGUCUCAUGUCCCUUUUCUCUAUUUGAUCCUGCUGUAGAAUAUAUGAGAUAUUACGGAAUUUGUAAGUUCUACAGUUGUUUAUUUCCCAAGCUGUGUUACUCCUUUGCUUGUCUAAUAUUAUAUGCUGAAGCCAAUACGGAAUUUGUAAGUUUUACAUUGCUGGAGUAGUUAUUAUCCUUUGUUCGGCCA